GCUGAGCUUUGAGUUCCCAUUUACUGAAGCAAUAUCUAGCCAGUAGCCAGAUAUCACGAAGUCGCCUAACUUUCUGAAAACACAACAAAAAAAGAAAAAAUGGUGAGAGCUCCAUGCUGUGAGAAGAUGGGGUUGAAGAAAGGUCCUUGGACCCCUGAAGAAGAUCAGAUUCUGAUCACUUACAUUCAACUUUACGGCCAUGGAAAUUGGCGAGCACUUCCAAAACAAGCUGGUUUACUGAGGUGUGGAAAGAGUUGCAGGCUCCGGUGGACAAAUUACCUAAGGCCAGACAUCAAAAGAGGAAACUUUAGCAGAGAAGAAGAGGAUGCAAUCAUAAAUUUACACGAAAUGUUAGGCAAUAGAUGGUCGGCAAUUGCAGCUAGGCUACCAGGACGAACAGACAAUGAGAUAAAAAAUGUUUGGCACACCCACUUGAAAAAGAGGCUCGCCAAACAACCCCAAGACAGUAGUACCCCAACAGCAACCAAAAGAAGAAGUGCUCCGCCCACCAAUACAUUCGAAUACUCUCACGAGGCUAAAAUUAAUGAACUAGAACCCAUGAAUUUUCCAAGUCAUGAUGCAGCAUCUGAGAGCCUAGAACAUAGAGCAGUCUCCCCGCAAGAAUGUUCAAGUGACUUGUCAUCCACGAUCACCAUGGCUGACAAUAACAGCGACAACAGUGGGUACCCGAAAGCCGAAUCGCCUGGAAACUUCCCGGAAAUGGAUGAGAAUUUCUGGUCAGAGGUGUUGUGGACAGAAGAUUCGGGGGAGGUGAAUGACUUUUCUGCUGCAGUUGGUGGUGAUCAUCUUGAUCAAGAAGUUCAAAUUCCAUUUUCUCCAAUAGUGUCAAUGGAGCCUGUCCAUUCGUUUGGUUCAAACAUGCACGAUAACAUGGAUUUUUGGUUCAACCUUUUCACAAGGGCGGGGGAAUUGCCACAGUUACCAGAAUUUUGACCAAAGUCUUGUUUGGUUGUAAUUUUAUUUUAUUUUUCAUCCUUUUUUUGAAUUUUUUCAUGUGGGAAAUGGAUGUUCAGUUUGUUGACCCUUGGAGUAGAAGAAUUAUGUCCAACGUAACAGAUCUUGUCCAAUUAUAAGGAUUUAUUGUGGACCAUUACAGACUUGGUUGUCAAACAGCAACAUGAAACAGAAUAUCAGCAGAAAUCCAAGAUGUCUGCUUGUGUACGUUUCAGUGGUUGUAAUAGCACGUGGACAAUUCAUUGUCCUCUAGCUGCUUGAAUUAUGUAAAGAAAUGAGAAAUACCAAGAAAAGAUGAACACUAAAACAUCAUGCUCGAUCGGCGAAAGAAAAGAUAUUGAUCCAUGCACGGAGGAACGUCACAGCGCACUUACUCCUAAGGAUACAUUUCAGCUGGAUAUUUUUAAGCCUAUAAGGAUUGAUGGAAGUGCUAAUGUAACAUUUAUUACAAGAAAAAUGAACUUUUGUGACC